UUGAAAUGUUUGUUGACGAUGGUUUUUAAUUUCUUCAUUGUCCAGACUCCAGCUGCAAACAUAGCUAGAUUAAUGACAAACUGAUAGAAAAUCUUACUAUUAAAAUGUUGCCUCGAAGUGUAGUUAUCACACUGAGUAGAAAGCAAGACAUGACAUCAUGCCGUUAAUAGAGUGACGUAAAGGACAGGCAUCAUCAUGGGAACGGGAAGCUCCUUCCCUAAUGAUGGGGAUGAUGAUGACCAGCCCGGUGUCAUCAAACGCAUCCCGAUCGAGAUGAAGCCAAGACGGACACUCGGCAAUGCCCUGCGCUCUGUGGGGUCUUUUGGACGCAGGCCAAAGGGCAUGAGUCUACGGUCCUCAUUGUCUGUGGAGUUUGAGAGCACGGAGGUGGAGAAGCUGAGGAGGGAUUUUGAGAUGUUUAAGAUUGCCAAGCAGAAUGAGAUGAGUGACCUGCUCAAGAAGGAGAAGAAACUGGAGUCAGAGAACAGACGUUUAAGAGCUGAGUUACAGGCUUUGCAGAAGACAUGCAAUAAGCUGAGGCUUGAGAGGGACAUGGCGCUGGAUGCUGAGUACCAAGCCCUUGAGAGAGCAGCGACCUUUGAACAUGAUAGAAACAAAGUCCAGAGACAAUUCAAGUUGUUUAGAGAGAGCAAAGAGAGUGAGAUUCGUGAUCUGCUGAGGGUGAGACAGGACCUAGAGGAGACGCUUCAUUGGGCUAAACCUGUGGAUGGUCAGCCUCAAGACUCAGGGAUCCAGGAAACACAAGGUGGUAAUCCUGGAGACUGGUGGACAGUGUUAGAGAGUGAGCCCUCUCUUGGCAGCAUGUCACAACUCCAGCCGGCAUGGAAUAGGGAUUCUCAUGUUUAUGAUAUGGAUGGUAACUCUAGCAGUGAUGGUAAAGGAGAGAUAAGCGGUAUUGCAGCCUCUGCACUCAAUCAAAUGCUGAGCAGCCUCUCCAGUCCCGCUUUGUUCAAUGUAAUAAGAGUCUACAUUUGUGCGCCACAGGACCAGCAUGAAGAGGCUUCAUUGUUGCAGAAGGACUACGGCAGUCAACUUCGCUCCCUGGGUGACAGUGAAGGUCGGUUUGUGCUUCUUGUUCAUCUGACCUUUGACCCUGAAAGUGCAGUGACCUCUCUCCUAGAUGAGGAUCUAUUAAGACUUCACUCAGUGAGACAGAGGGAGGUGGAGUACUGUACAAUCUUUGUUGGUUUCUUGGGCAAGGUCAUUGAUAGGUUCACCGUGGAAGAAGUAGAGCUUGGGCAUCUACAUGAUCCUGGAACCAAGCCAGCUAUAUUCUGCUACACCGAUGAGAGAUCGGUUGAGUCAGAAGAGAAUAGUUCUGAAGGGCUAAAGGCUCAGAUCAAGAAUAGCGGCAAUGCUAAGAUCCUGGAGGGUUUAGAGAGCACGAGGGAGAGAGUAGAUGCCGUCUUUCAAGAACUAGAGAAAAUCAUCCGGCUGGAGCUUGGUAUUGAAUCUGCUGUAACAUCUGAGAUGUCGUCAGAGUUUGAGAGUGAGCUUGAUGAGAGUACAGAAGAGAGAUGCGGUGGACUUCAGUGGGAUCUCCACGGUGACGGGGAACAACAAGAAAUACUAGCUAACAUCGCUAAGGAGGCCACAUGUGAGCUCACUUUUGAAAAGCACUAUGAGAGCAUCAGUGAGCAUGUAGGAGCCGCCGGUCCCCUUCCCCCUCUCCUGGUGAGCGGUGUCCCUGGGAGUGGAAAGUCGUUGCUGCUUGCUAAGUGGGUUCAGCUCAAGCAGAAAGACGCUCCGCCAGGCUUGGUCCUCUAUCACUUCACUGGAUCCCCAAACUCCUCCAGCGCCAAUGCGGUCACCAUGAUCAGAAGAAUGACUGCCCAGUUGAUGCAGCAUGUUUCUUCUCCUCCUGCUCUAUCUUGUGAACCUUCAAGAUUGGUGGAGGAGUUUCCCAAAUGGUUGGAGAAGGUUUCAUCGCGGGUAGCUGGUGGUAUCACCAUCAUCAUCGAUUCCUUGGACAAUCUCCAAAAUCGAGAAUGUCACCUUGGAUGGCUGUUAGACCCUCUCCCAGUUGAUACCAGGGUGAUCGCUUCAGCCAAUCCAGAAAACUGUCUACCUGCUUGGAAAUCCUGGCCCACCCUCCAUCUGGACCCCCUGUCUCCAUCCCACUCCAAGGCUCUGAUCCAUGCUCUCUGCCAAUCCCGAGGUCUCCAGGUGUCUCCGGAGCACGAAGCCCUCUCCCUGGCCCACUGCCGCACCCCUGCUGCCCGUACCCCUCUCUUCAUCACCCUCAUGGUAGACGAGCUGGCGCACAGCGAUCGGUCGGUGCCUAUCGGGGAGAAGCUUGCUGCAGGGUGUCUGGAUUAUGGGGAUUCGGUGGAGUUGUAUAGGUAUAUUCUGGAGUCACUGGAGACCGACCAUGAAGAUGCCACAUGCAGAGGACUCGUCAAGAAGGUGUGCUUGUUGGUUUAUGCCUCACGGAAUGGUAUUUCUGAGUUGGAGCUGUUUGACCUGAUACCUGACCUGACAUGGAAUCACUGGGCUCCUCUCUGCCAUGACCUCAUCAAUAGACAUGUCAUGACCUUUAAGGCAGGGGUCGUGACCUUUGCGCAUGCACAGGCUUGUGAUGCGGUUCGAUUGAGUCAUUGUAGUGAACCCCACUGCGAGAGAGAACUGCAGGCUGUUGUCAACAAACUUGUCCAUUACUUCAAAAAGCUUCUCAAACCUGGGUCGACAACCUCUAGACUGACCGAGGAGCUACCAUACCUGAUCCAGGUCUCUGGGAGCAGCUCCAAGCUCCAGGAGACUGUCAGUAAUCUCUGCGUCUUCAGGAUCAUGUACUCCAGAGGGCGCUGUUCAGACCUGCUGACGUACUGGCAGACACUCGGGGUCGACAGGCAAGCCAUGGCUAAUAUCUACUUCACUACCAUCAAGAAAGUAGAAGAAAAUCAAAAUGGACAGAUUCCCUUGCCUAGGAUAGCUGACAUGUAUGAGAUGCUAGCCCGAUUUGUGAAAGACCUUGGACUUCUAAACCAGGCUAUCUGGUCAGUGCAGCGAGCCCUUGAGAUACGUGAGUCUAUUGAUCCGGACCAUCUGAGUGUGGCACAGUGCUUCCACCUGCUGGGUGCCAUACACGGACAGGGGGGCAAGUUUGGUUCAGCGGAGGCCUACUACCAACAGGCUCUCAUGAUCAGUGAGAGUGCGCUGGGGAACAGCCAUGUGGAUGUUGCCAAGGUUCUGGAUUCACUGGUCGUCAUAUACCGUAAACAGAACAAACAUACUGCAGCAGAUCCCCUCCAGAAGAGGGCUCAUGUUAUCCGCAAGCAGGCUCAAACCCAGCUAUCUACACACCAAGCGAGGGCACUAUCUGCCCUACGUCGUCGCACUCUUCAGAUGGAGCAGCUGACGCAAGGGGCCGAGUCGGCAGACCUGGCACGCACUCUCAAUGAACUAGGAAUGCUCUAUUAUCUCCAGAAGGACUAUCGCUCUGCAGAGAGCUAUUUUCAGCGUGCCCUGGACAUGCUCGAGUCUGUUCUUGGUCCUCACCAUGUUGACGUAGCCCAGAGUCUUCACAGUCUGGCCACCCUUCACAAUGAUAGAGACGAGACCAACCAGGCACAAGAACUCUACGAGAGGGCGCUUGCCAUUAGGAGCUCAAACAUGCCGCAGGAUCAUCCGUUAGUGCUCGCUACUGCCCGCAGUUUGGCUGUCUUGUACAGGAAACAGGGUCAUUAUGACAAGGCUGAACCACUCUAUCUUCAAGAAGUCGAAUCAAAACAAAGAAAACUAGGAGGAAAUCAUCCCAGUCUGGCCACAGCUCUGGUCAAUCUUGCAGUACUACGAUGUCAACAGGGGAACCAUGAUGAGGCAUCUCCCCUCUAUGAAGGAGCUCUCAAGAUAUACGAAGAACAUUUCGGGCCAACGCAUCCGCGCGUCGCCGAAACACUCCGCAACCUCGCUGUGCUACGGUACGAGCAGGGGGACUUCCAAGAGGCAGCUGUGCUGUACAAACGUGCCAAUGAAAUCAAGGAAUUGGAAGGGUAUGGAAGUAAACUAAUGUCGAGAAGGUCUUCCAGCGCUGGGUCAACGAUACUCAAGUUGGCUGCCCAGGUACAUGCUAAUACAAGGUAGCACAGCGUGUCAAGAUAAGGGAUCAUGUUCAUAAAUCCUUCCAAAAAGCAGCUGUGCUGUACAAACGUGCCAAUGAAAUCAAGGAGUUGAAAGGGUAUGGAGGUAAACUAAUGUCACAAAGGCCUCCUAGUGCUGGGUCAACAAUACUUGAGAUGGCUGCACAGGUAUAUGCCAACACUAAGUUUAAACAUUUGUUUGGUAAUGUGACAAUUUGUGUAUACAAGGCUUUGCACCAAUGUACCUUGGCAAAUAUCAAUGUGCUAUUGCCCCUCUCAACCGAGGUGAAAUUAGUGGGUGCUUGUAGCUGGUACUAUUUAUACUUAUGAUUUAUAAUUUUUGUCUAAUCCUCCUUUUGUCAUUUUACACAAUUACUUGUGAGUCAGAGUCCUUUUCUCAAAAGUAACAUUCUUGAAGAUUGGACAUUUUUCUCCUCUUUUAAUGGGUUAGGAAUUUUCAAUCGUGAUGAGUUCAAUAUAAUUCUAAAUCUGAAAAUAUUCUCUUUGAGAAUCCGACCUGAACUAAAGCCAAUCAUAUCUGGCAGCUUUUUGUUAGUUUUGUGAUACUGGGUCACAUAUGAUUUCGAUAUAUACCAAUUGGUGUUUAGUGCUGUAGAUCUAGACUGGAUUUAAAAGAAGAAUUGUUUGAGACUAUAGAUCAAGAAUGAAUUAAAUAACUAGUUCUGAUCUGAAGUUAUAUGUACUGUAUGUUCUUUAAUCUUUAUCAUACAAUAUUAACAGAAAAGCAUAUCAUCUUGUAAAAUCCAGUAGUUUAUGGGGAGUGUGCAAGAAAUAUAUGAAGUCAGUGCUGAUGUGUGAAUACAAACUUGUAAUGAGAAGUAGAAAUGUUUAUCCUUGAACAAAAA